UAUUAAUUGUUGUCGUCUUCUUCAAUAACAACUCCAUCAAUUUCUUUUAAUGGUCUUAUCAAAAGUUUGACCAUAAAUUUUCCAUCAAUGAACAAACCAAUACUUGCCCUAGUCUUUCUCCUACAAUGUGCUAUAACUCUUGGGCUCCAUUUCCACCCACUUGAUCCCUUAACUCCUCAAGAAAUCAACAAAACAAGCUUCAUCGUUAAGAAAUCUCAUCUAGGCAAUCUCAAAGAUCUCACAUUUCACUACCUCGACUUGGAUGAACCAAACAAGAAGCACAUCCUCCAAUGGCUAUCGCCAAAUCCCUUCAAGAAACCACCACCCCCACGUCGUCGAUCACUCGUGGUGGUUCGAGCCGGUGGUCAAACCCACGAGCUCAUCAUCGACCUAACCACUAGCAAGAUCGUAUCCUCCCGCAUCUACACAGGCCAUGGCUUCCCUCCAUUCACAUUCAUAGAGCUUUUCAGAGCCAGCAAGCUUCCUCUAACAUACCCAUCUUUCGAGAAAUCGAUUCUUGAUCGAGACCUAAACAUCUCCGAGGUUUCUUGCAUCCCUUUCACCGUUGGCUGGUACGGAGAAAUCACCACGAGACGCGAGGUCAAAGCCUCUUGCUUUUACAGAGACGGUUCAGUCAACGUCUUCACGAGACCCAUCGAAGGAAUCACCAUAACUAUAGACGUUGACUCAAUGCGAGUCGUGAAGUACUCAGACAGAUUCAGAAAGCCUCUCCCUGAUAAAGAAGGUAACGACUUUAGAACCAAACACAAACCUUUCCCGUUCUCUUGCAACGUCUCCGACACAGGCUUCAAGAUACUCGGCAAUAGAGUCAAGUGGGCUAACUGGAAAUUCCACGUCGGAUUCACGGCGAGAGCUGGAGUAACCAUAUCGACGGCUUCGGUUCUUGACCCGAGAACCAAAAGGUUUCGACGAGUGAUGUAUAGAGGACACGUCUCAGAGACUUUUGUUCCCUACAUGGAUCCAACCAAUGAAUGGUACUUCCGUACGUUCAUGGACAUCGGAGAGUUCGGUUUCGGGAAAUCCGCCGUGAAUCUGCAGCCGCUCAUUGACUGCCCGCAAAACGCUGCGUAUUUAGAUGGACACGUUGCGGGACCAGACGGGACAGCUCAGAGGAUGACCAAUGUGAUGUGUGUCUUCGAGAAAAACAGUUAUGGUGCUUCUUUUAGACACACCGAGAUUAAUGUUCCAGGACAAGUGAUAAAUAGUGGGGAAGCUGAUAUUCGUUUAGUGGUUAGAAUGGUGGCCACAGUUGGAAACUAUGAUUACUUUUUGGAUUGGGAAUUUCAAAAGAAUGGAGCCAUCAGAGUUGGGGUGGGUUUGACUGGAGUUUUAGAGGUAAAAGCAACGUCGUACACGUCAAACGAGCAGAUAACAGACUGCAUCUACGGGUCGUUGGUGGCCAAGAACACCAUCGCCGUUAACCACGAUCAUUACCUAACGUACUAUUUGGACCUCGACAUCGACGGUAACGGUAACUCCUUGGUGAAAGCCAAACUCAAAACGGUAAGAGUAACUGACGUUAACAAAACGUCUUCUCCGAGGAAGAGUUACUGGACGGUCGUGAAAGAGACGGCGAAAACUGAAGCUGACGGUAGAGUCAAGCUCGGGUCAGAGCCGGUGGAGGUGUUGAUUGUUAACCCUAAUAAGAAGACAAACAUAGGAAACACGGUUGGUUACCGGCUGAUACCGGAGCAUUUACCAGUCACUUCUCUUUUAACGGACGAUGAUUACCCGGAGAUAAGAGCCGGUUACACUAAGUAUCCGGUUUGGGUGACUGCCUAUAACCGGUCAGAAAGAUGGGCGGGUGGGUUUUACAGCGAUAGGAGUCGUGGAGAUGACGGCUUAGCUGUAUGGAGUAGCAGGAACAGAGAGAUAGAGAACAAAGACAUAGUGAUGUGGUACAACGUUGGGUUUCAUCACAUUCCAUACCAAGAGGAUUUUCCGGUUAUGCCAACUCUUCACGGUGGAUUUACUCUUCGACCUUCUAAUUUUUUCGAUAAUGAUCCUUUGAUCGGGUAAAUUCGUACAUGCAUCACAGAAAAUUGGUUCUUAUGUAUUUACUUUUAUUGUUGCAUAUAUAAAUUUGUUUUCGAAUAUGAUUUUUAUUCGAUAUAUAUAGUAUUAUAGUGAGAAUGGUUUAACUACACAUUA